GGGAGCCGCAUUUCUCUUUAUCCGUGAACUACCCUCAAACGCGAUGCCACUAGCCAACGCGGAGGCGCUCGAACUCGCACCAUCGUUCAACGUCCGGGUCGCCUCCAAGCACCAGCCGACGCUCGUCGUCGCAGGUCUUUUCUACCUCGUCGCUUCGCUCGGUAUCGGUCUCUGGUACCUCUCGCUCCUCUCGCCAAGUCUCGCGAAUGACCUCUGGUGGGCUGGCUUUACCCCGACGGCGGGGGAGGCCUUGCUCAUCGACCUCAUCAAUGCGCAACUGGCUCUGACGGCUGCGUCAACCCUCAGUAUCUAUGCUGCCCCCGCAACCAUGAACAAGCUCUACAACGCGUCGACGGCCACCACAAGCAUGUCACCCACCUACUCUCGCCGCAUUCUUUUGACGGAGCUCACGACCAUUGAGUACGCCGUGCCGCAACUUCGGACACUCAGCGCUGCAUGGUCGAUGCGCAUGAACAUGCAGCACUGCUGGGUCGACUUUAGCCAGUCGUUUGAGAUUGCCCACACGGUUACGCGUCAGCAGCGUUGCAAGGACCAGUUUGCGACCAACGGCGCCGCGUACCUUGAGGCCAUCUUGCGCAAUGUGGUGUGGGUCGACUAUAUGGCGACGUGGGGCGGCGUCAACAGUCGGUUUGUCAUCGCGUACGAGCGAGCGCUGCAAGAAACUUCGCAAGGGCAAGCCUUCUUGAGUCAGGUGUCGACGGCGCGCGCCUCGACCAGCAUCAGUGACGAGCUAACGUAUUGGCGAAAGUUUAAGUUGGAUCGGUUUGAGCUGCAGUGGCAGAACCGGUGGCAGCCCGGCAUCACAGAAACCAUUCUCCUAGAGAACGCCAUGGGACUGCAGCAGCUGGUGACGGUCAAGAAUUUCGCGCAAGGCACGGGACCCUGGACGUCGGCGCAGCUCUUCUCUCUGCCGCUCAACGACCUCCGCAUCGCCCAGUCGCUCAACCGUAGCUUUGUCCGCGGCUCGUCGCGGUAUUUCGGAUCCAAUAUCUCGUCCGCACUGCCCCUCGUCGAUCUCGAAGUGGCCCUCGGGAACACCGCUGUCUCGGGCCAGUUUGCCAAGCAGCCCGCUGUGUUUCGCCGGGUCGUUGGGCCAUUCCAAAACGUCGACAGCCUUCUUCUUGCCGUGCCGUCUGGUCUUGUCCAGGCGUACGAAGCAGCGCAGACGAGCCUUCUGCUGCAGCUUGGCACCAGCGGACUUCGCGGGUCCCUUGCGACAUUGAGUGUGGACCUGAUGCCACUGCAAUGGCGCAGCAACUACGCGUACUACGGCGGCGACCCGCUGUGCAUGACGCUACCACGUACAACGUACGUCCAGCAGUCGUUUGACUUUUUUCAAGAUUGCUCCAAGCCCAAGGCGCUCGGUCUCGCACUGAGUCCUUUGGCAUUACUGUUGGCGCGCACGGCUGUACCCACCGGCGAUGUAUGCGCUGCAGCCUCGUCC